AUGACAAGUGGCAAGAAAUUUAAUCUUUGUUGUUCUAAAGGAAAGGUGAUUCUCCCUCCUUCUAAGGAAUGCCCAGAAUUGCUUCAAAUGUUAUUUACCAACUGCCAUCCUAUAUCUGCAAGUUUCACCAAAGAUGCCCGAAAGUACAACCAUGCUCUCGCAUUUGCAUCACUGGGAGCAUCCAUUGACGUUCUACGUGGAAGAGGACCAUAUUGUUACAAGAUUCAUGGGCAACUGUACCACAAUACAACUGCCAUUCAAUACUAUGAUGAAGAAAUAUCCGUUCCUCCUGCUCUCAAGUACGCGCAACUAUAUUUCCUGGAUUCUGCUCAAGCGAACGAACAACGAUUAAAUAAUCCAGCAAACAGAAGCUGUGAUAGAGCUCUCAUGGAACAACUAGAUGUUCUCAUUCGUCGUGUUAAUCCAUAUGCUGUCAUGUACAAUAACAUGCGUCAAGUGUUUAUGGAAGAGGACCGUCAAGCAGCAGUUGAAGGUAGGGCUCCGUUAGUGAUUUCGAUGGUUAUUCAUAACGAUCGAAGAACACAGGCUGAAAGAAGAUACAAUAGCCCAGCAGGAGAAGAAAUUGCGGUUUUAUUUAAAAGCAUUGAUGGAGCACCCCCUGAAAACAGGGAUAUCCGAGGGCAUCUAUUGAUUCCACGGAGAGAAAAAGUUUUCAUUAGGAUUGAUACUCAAAAACCCAUGUGCGAUCCCAUGACGUACCCAUUGCUUUUUCCGAAUGGUGACAAUGGAUGGGAACAAAAUUUAAAACGAAGAAAUCUAAAUGAAGACCAAGAUAAUGUUUCCCAUGAUCAUAAUGAAGAGCAAGACUUAUUGGAUGAAGAAUAUAGAAUCGCAGACUUAAACGAUGAAGAAGACCAGAUGCGAACUGAAAUAGUACCGGAAUCAGAAUUUGAAACAGAAGUCGACAUUGAUCCUGGUGUUCCAGUACCAAUCUAUGACAUCAACCGAAGAGGACCGCGUUCCAGAAUAACUCAGUGUGAGUUUUAUAGUAGUCAACUUUCGAUACGUAAAGGGAUUUUCAAUGCGGUUUUAUACGGAGGACCGCUGUUUCAACAAUAUGUUGUUGAUGCGUACGUGAAAGUUGAGGCGAACAGGAUCCAUUAUAUUCAAACGCAUCAAAAGGAUCUGCACGUCGCACAGUAUAAUGGUCUUAUGGACUAUAUUACCACGCGAGCUGAAAGAGACAAAAUUACUGUAGGGACACCUGUGAUUUUACCUUCGUCUUUCAUAGGUAGUCCAAGAGCGAUGAAACAAGGAUAUCAAGAUGCAAUGGCUAUUUGCAGUAGAUUUGGAAAGCCGACUUAUUUCCUCACAUUUACCUGUAAUCCAAAGUGGCAAGAGAGAACGGGGAGCAUCGACAGCUAUCAAGUAGCAGCCAACAGACCUGACGUUGUCGCAAGAGUCUAUCAACUGAAAUUAAAAGAACUCAUCAAAGAUAUUCAAGAAAAACAAAUUUUAGGGGUUGUUGUUGCAAGAAUUCACGUAAUUGGAUUUCAAAAGCGAGGCCUACCCCAUUGCCAUAUGUUGAUAUGGAUUGAUCAACAUGACGUUCCUACAACUGAAUCUGAAAUCGACAAGACAAUUUCAGCUGAAAUUCCGGAUCCAGAAACACACCCAGAACUUCACAAAAUAAUCAUGAGCAACAUGAUUCAUGGUCCGUGUGGUACCAUUAAUCCAAACUCACCCUGCAUGGACGGUAGCAAAUGCACGAAAUCGUUUCGAAAACCUUUUUCACCAUCUACAGUCAUUAAUUCCAAUGGAUAUCCAACCUACAGAAGACGAGACACCGGACAUGAUUGCGCAAAUAUUCAAAUAAGCAGAGCUGAAAAUCAACAAGGUCAACAGGAAAUAGUGUGGGAUGAAACCAAGCAGUUUUUGGACACAAGAUACGUGAGCGCUCCAGAAGCAUGCUGGCGACUUUUUAAGUACCCACUUUGUUACCGAUCUCACGCCGUAAGUCGAUUGGCUGUUCAUCUUCCUCAAGAACCACCUGUUUACUUCCCAGCAGGAUUUGAAGAUCGAUCAGUGUUAAAUGCAGCUUCAAAAUUAACUACUUUGACAGCUUGGUUUAAAUUAAACCAGGAUCACGAAUCGGCAAGACAGUACUACUAUCGCGAAAUUCCGAAUCAUUUGUGCUUCCAUAACAACCAACUCGACAACAUUUUGUAUCCCACAUUCAAGCAACCGGCCAUAGCAAGAAAUCUUCUCGCUGAUGACAGUGCUUGGGAAAAAGUUAUGGAAGAAGCCACUGCCUUUGAAAUGCCAGUCCAGUUAAGACAACUUUUUGUCGACAUAUGUUGCCACUGUCGUCCGACGAACGCGCAACUUCUUUUUAAUAACAACCUACAGCAUCUCACUGAAGACUACCAAAGAAACGGGCAUGAAGAAGAAGUGGCCAAAAAUCUAGCGUUAAAAUGGAUUCAAGAUAAGAUAUUGCAGAAUGGUGAAAGAUUGGCGGUGAUUUAG